AUUUCCUAAUAAUUGCUCCCACAGUUGAUUUCUUCAAACCAAGCUGCUUACCUAUUGCAGAUUCAGUUUUCCCAGCCUGGUGCAGGUCUACAAUUUUGUUUCUGGUGUCCUUUGACAGCUCUUUGUGUAUCAAUAACUAGGUGCUUAUUUUGAUAUCUAGUUAUGACUGAAUCAGAAAUACAGAUGUGGAGUAGAUGUAGAGUUUGUUUUAAAUUCUCAUAAAAAUCUGACCUAAUCAAACAACACUUGUUGCUCUUUGUACGUGUUGAUAUAAUAUUCAUAUUUAAUGGAGUGGAAAAAAACAUUUCCCUAAACUGCUUAAUAAUAUUGUAAUUCAAUGAAGGAAGAAAAAAGUUUUCCCUCCAGACAGCAGAUGGCAAUAUGUGUCUUUCAGGCGAUGUUUCUAGUGUGACGUAUAAUCUAGUGGACGGAACGCUUCUUCAACAACUGCAGCCACCUCGGUAGCUCGCUAGCCAACAGUCGGAACGUUCAAGAUCUUUUGACAAUUUCGUGGUUUAAUUGCCACUAUGAUUUAAACAUACUCAUGUGGAAACAACUAGAUACCCCAUUUAAUUUAAUAUUUACGUUGUAAGUCAACUAGCUGGCUAAUGCUAACUAGCCAUUAUCCCCGAACAUGAGUUCACCAAGCUACUCUCCUCCUGAUAAAGAAGAGGUGGUCUGCUGGACGGAGAAAGAAGCUCUCGUGAAAGAGGAGGCGGAAGAGGAGGCUGUUACAAUACACAAACAAGUAGAGGGUGAGGGUGUUAAGGUGAAAGAAGAGAAAGAAGAGAAAGACGCGUUCAGAGUGAAAGAGGAUGAGGAUGUUACUGUGAAAGAAGAGGAGGAAGAUGCAGUUUUUGGAGUGGAGGAUGAAGUGAAAGAAGAUGAAGACGUUUUUGGAAUGAAGGAUGAAGAGGGGGAGAUUACUGUCACAUUAGAGGAGGACGAAGAAGAGAAGACUGGAGAACUUAUUAACACCAGUAAAUACAGAGAGAGAUGUGAAUAUCGUGGAUCCUCUGGGGAGCCUCAACAACAUCAUGAUGCUGACGAGGCAGAGAAGAGUCUCUCCAGAUCAGGACACCUCAAGAAACACCAGCAGAGACCCACAGGAAAGAAACCACACUGCUGCUCUGACUGUGGGAAACGUUGCAAAUCUUCAUCAGAACUUAAAAAUCACCAGCGAGUACACACAGGAGAGAAAUCUUAUAGCUGUGAUCAAUGUGGGAAGAUUUUUACUAUAUCUAGCCAUCUGACUAGACACCAGAGAACACACACAGGAGAGAAAUCUCAUAGCUGUGAUCAAUGUGGGAAGAGUUGUACUACAUCUAGCCAUCUGACUAGACACCAGCGAGUACACACAGGAGAGAAACCUUAUAGCUGUAGUCAGUGUGGAAAGAGUUUUACUCAGCUAAACAGCCUGAAAGAACACCAGAGAACACACACAGGAGAGAAAUCUCAUAGCUGUGAUCAAUGUGGGAAGAGAUACUCUGAUAAAAGAUCUCUGAUCAAACAUCAAAACAUACAUGAAGGAGUUGAAUUUGAAAAAUCAUAUCAAAUAAUGUCACAAUGUAGAAUGUUUUAACAUUGUAGUAGGAGUAUUUUAAUGAUGUCACAAUGUAGAACCCGAAAUGUUUGUCCUCUGUUCUAUUGGCUUCAACAUAAUAUGGAUAUUAGCCCCAGGUGAAAAAUCCAGGCUCUGAAUUGAAAGAGUACUAUUUAUGUUAUUUAACAAAAAGUGACAAACAAAAAAAGAGUUGUGUUAAACGUACCACGUUGGUGACCCACUUGAAUCAAAAUGCAACACUUCAAAAUGUAGCUAGCUGUUUUCUACAAAUUGUCCUCUAACCAGGGAUGUACACAUUAUUCCCCGAUUCCGUGUGGUUUUUGAGCUGUUAGUUUUAACAGGACGUGCAACCUCAUUUCCCUUCUGUCGCACAAAUGAUUUUAGCAUGAUAUCGAUGAGUGAUGACAAAUAAGUGUUGUGUUCCUUUGUUCAACGUCCCCUACAUUUAAAUGUAUCACGCCCAAAUGCAGCUGACUGUCUUCUGCAGGUUGUCCUCUAACCAGUGAAGUAAAAAUGUUAUCCCGUUUCCAUGUGUUUUGUUUAGUUGUGUUAGUAAGUAAUAUGAUUAUGAUUAUUGUGGCAGAUGUUUGUGUAUACAGUAUGGCCCAUUUUACGUUUAGGUUUUCAAUAUAUCACAAACUGUUUCUGCAUAUUGGUUGUUGAUUUGUACAUGUUAAAAUUGUGUGUUGACAUUGGGCUAUCCCACCUAGCAAAAUGUAAUAAAAAAAUGCUUUGAAAAAA